AUGGAUGAUGAAUUAAAUGUAACAUAUAUAACUCUUGGUGGACAUGUGGAAGUGGACAAAUACAGAUUUCUUUAUUUUGUGAUCAUGUUUACAUCAUAUAUUCUAAUAAUAUGCAGUAAUUUCACUAUUGUGUGCAUCAUAGUGAUUCACAAAAACCUUCAUGAGCCGAUGUACAUUUUCAUAGCAGCUUUGUUACUGAACUCUGUUCUUUUCAGCACUGCUAUCUACCCAAAACUAUUGAUUGACUUUCUAUCUGAGAAACAGAUCAUAUCAUAUCCAGCCUGUCUCUUUCAGUGGUUUAUGUAUUACACAUUAGCCUCUUCAGAGUUCUUCCUGUUGGCAGUCAUGUCCUAUGACAGAUAUGUGUCUAUAUGUAAACCUCUGCAAUAUCCAACUAUCAUGAGAAAAACAACUGUGAAUAUCUUCCUGAUUUCUGCUUGGCUUCUGCCUGCUUGUCAGGUUUCAGUGCCAAUGUUAGUAAGUUCUAAUAAAAAACUCUGUAACUUUAUUUUGAAAGGAAUAAUUUGCAACAGCGCAAUUCACAAACUUCACUGUGUGAGUUCAGAAGUGCUGAAUAUAUAUGGCUUGGUGUUUCUUGUGGUUUCUGUACUCCUUCCUGUGCUCUUCAUACUGUUUACAUACACCAGGAUACUUAUGAUAUGCUAUGGAAGUAGUAGAGAAGUCAGGAGAAAAGCUGCACAGACCUGUCUACCCCAUCUGCUGGUUCUAAUUAACUUUUCUUGUUUGAGUACAUAUGAUGUACUUCUAGCUCGACUGGAAACUGAUCUUCCUAAAACUGCACAUUUGAUAAUGUCUUUACAAAUAGUUUUGUAUCAUCCUCUCUUUAAUCCCAUCAUAUAUGGACUGAAAAUGAAAGACAUUUCUAAACACAUCAGGAUGUUGUUCUGUGAAGGCAAACUGUAUUAA